AUGGCGGACGAGACUCAGAGGCCGUCAAAGAAACAAAAAAUCAGUCACAAGGACGUGGACACUCUUCCUGGCGAGGUCAGAAACGAGAUAUGGCGCCAGAUGCUCCUCAUAUCAAAGACCUCGAAGGAAGAAAAAGCGCAGCCGGUCGUGAUUUGGCAGCUUCACCUGGAUGACCCACAAGUUUGCAACAUCCAGGAAGUUGAUGCAGGAAAUGCCCACAGAUCUAAGAUCACUCCAUCUAAGUCAACACCACUCGAUCAGCAGGAGUUGAUCAAAGCUGCCACCAAGUCCUUUGCAGAGUUUCUCAGUGAGGUAUCGCCUGAGACGAUCUUCGCGUUUGCAAACACAGAAGCGCUGCAGAAGUUUGCCGCCCUCAUCAACCCCCACCUGCAAGCCAGUGUCGAUUACAAGAUCAAACUGCGGCUCCUGUUACCCCUAUUCGACGAAAGCGAAGAAACAUUUGACUCCAUGACUGGCUGGAAGAGCAUCAAGCAAGCCCAUGGGUAUGCGGAGGAGGCACGUAGUCACGUCCAGGAGUGGAUGGACGUCGUCCAAACGAUCGAGUGCCCCUGCGAGGUCUUUCUCGAGUUUGGUCAACAUUGGAGAGAUUACCGAGCCUUGAGAGGAGUCACUCGAAGCUUGCGCGAGAAGGAUGGGUGGACACUCGAAGUGUUGGCCAAGGACAGCGCCUGGAACGGCAUUCCCGAUGCCGACUUGCACAAAAGCCUCACGGUGGCAUCAGUCAAGGGCGUGGAACUCCAGAUUCAGAGAGAUAUGGGACAAGCACAGGCAGCAGAUCUGGUCGGUCACGGCUGCCGAGGUCUUCGACCAUUUGAGCAGUACGUCAAAGCCUCGAAGACAGUUUCUACAGGAUAA